UUCUUAGUAUUUAGGUAUUUAGAUUCAAAAUAUCAAAGGGGCCCAUUAAGAACUUUCAAAAUUUUAAAAUAAGGAUUAGGGAUUGGUUUGGGUUGUGCUAUAUCUAUCAAAGAGUAUACAAUAAUGAUGGAUUUGGUGAAUCAAAUCCAUGGUUUAAUAACGAACCGUGUUAACUUACCAUAACAACAACUCAAUUCCUAUCGAAUUCCUCUAGUAGAAUUUCUAUAGGAUAGAACGUACACACGGUGUACGCAUUAUAUAUGAAUGAAACAUAUUCAUUAACUUAAGCAUACUCCUUUUUAGAUUUUUGCAAAGGUUUCAUUUACGCCUAAUCCAUAUCGAGUAGACCCUGUCGUUGUGAGAAUUCUUAAUUCAUGAGUUGUAGGGAGGGACUUAUGUCACCACAAACAGAAACUAAAGCAAGUGUUGGAUUUAAAGCUGGUGUUAAGGAUUAUAAAUUGACUUACUACACCCCGGAGUACGAAACCAAGGAUACUGAUAUCUUGGCAGCAUUCCGAGUAACUCCUCAGCCCGGGGUUCCACCUGAAGAAGCAGGGGCUGCAGUAGCUGCAGAAUCUUCUACUAGUACAUGGACAACUAUUUGGACUGAUGGACUUACCAGUCUUGAUCAUUACAAAGGAUGAUGCUAUCACAUCGAGCCCGUUCCUGGGACAGAUCAAUAUAUCUGUUAUAUAGCUUAUCCAUUAGACCUAUUUGAAGAGGGCUCUGUUACUAACAUGUUUACUUCCAUUGUGGGUAACGUAUUUGGUUUCAAAGCCCUACGCGCUCUACGUUUGGAGGAUCUAUGAAUUCCCCCUACUUAUUCAAAAACUUUCCAAGGUCCGCCUCACGGUAUCCAAGUUGAAAGGGAUAAGUUGAACAAGUAUGGUCGCCCUUUAUUGGGAUGUACUAUUAAACCAAAAUUGGGAUUAUCCGCAAAAAAAUACGGUAGAGCGUGUUAUGAGUGUCUACGUGGUGGACUUGAUUUUACCAAAGAUGAUGAAAACGUAAACUCACAACCAUUUAUGCGCUGGAGAGACCGUUUUGUCUUUUGUGCUGAAACAAUUUAUAAAGCACAAGCCGAAACCGGUGAAAUCAAGGGGCAUUACUUGAAUGCGACUGCAGGUACAUGCGAAGAAAUGAUUAAGAGAGCUGUAUUUGCAAGGGAAUUAGGGGUUUCUAUUGUAAUGCAUGACUACAUAACUGGAGGAUUCACCGCAAAUACUAGUUUGGCUCAUUAUUACCGCGACAACGGCCUACUUCUUCACAUUCACCGAGCAAUGCAUGCAGUUAUUGAUAGACAAAAAAAAUCAUGGUAUGCAUUUCUGUGUAUUAGCUAAAGCAUUGCGUAUGUCGGGGGGAGAUCAUAUCCACGCCGGUACAGUAGUAGGUAAGUUAGAAGGGGAACGCGAAAUAACUUUAGGUUUUGUUGAUUUAUUGCGCGAUGGUUUCAUUGAAAAAGAUCGUUCUCGCGGUAUCUUUUUCACUCAGGACUGGGUAUCCAUGCCAGGUGUUAUACCGGUGGCUUCAGGGGUAUUCAUGUUUGGCAUAUGCCAGCUCUGACCGAAAUCUUUGGAGACGAUUCCGUAUUACAAUUUGGUGGAGGAACCUUAGGACAUCCUUGGGGAAAUGCACCUAGUGCAGCAGCUAAUCGUGUGGCUUUAGAAGCCUGUGUAAAAGCUCAUAACGAAGGGCGCGAUCUUGCUCGUGAAGGUAAUGAAAUUAUCAAAGCAGCUUGCAAAUGGAGUCCUGAACUAGCCGUAGCUUGUGAAGUAUGGAAGGCGAUCACAUUUGAUUUCGCGCCGGUGGAUACCAUAGAUAAGUAGAUAAAACUAGAUAUAAAGAAGGUCUAAAUAAAAUAAAAAAGAAGCAAAA